ACAAGUACAGAAACAGAAGUUGACGAGGACUUCAUUAUUACCUGGUCAGAAGCUGAGACCAACAGCAGUAAUUGCAGCGUUAAAUACCGUCUGGAAUGGAGGAAACAGCCCAUGAAAGGAUCUACAGACAUGAUUCAACGAGCAAAUACUGAGGGAGAUCACUUCAAGAUAACUGGUCUUAAGUAUAACGCAGAGUAUGAAGUGAAACUGUUUGCUGUUAACGAACAAGGAGACCGUGAGCCAGAUGUCAGAACAUUUAAGACAAAGAGUGGUAUGUACCUUUAAUUAAUACUUCUCGCUUUACUAUUAGAAGAACUGUUUGAAAUGAAAUUGUAAAAGAUACUAAUACUAUAACUAAUAAUAUAAAAAGCAACAACUGGCGCUUGUAAAUGUUCCAUUGACCCCUUUUCAGCAAGAAAUAGAACAUGUUGAAAAGAAACUACGAGGAAUGCUUCUGAUAGCUUUACUGUCUCUCCUUGACAACCGCACAGCUUCUACUCGGGGCCUUUACACCAGCCCAGUACUGUGGCUCAUGAGGCGAUUAAAUGUGCUGGCCGAGAAGUAUCUUUUACCCCUCGUAGUUUAAAAUGAAAGAUGUCGUUAGGAUGAGCCUAUUACCAGGCUGCAUCCAACAAUAAUAAUUACUGAAGAAUCAAUUAGUGGCAGAUGUUGGAAUUUGAAGCUAUGAGGUGGUUCCAGAAGAUGUGAGGAAAUUUCGACGCAGUUCCGUUCACUCGUGGAAAUGAAGCAAAGCUUUAAGCUCACGCCUAACUAGGUGCCGCCAUUUGACUUUUGCCCUGCAGAGUUAACUACCCGACUCUGCAUCCUGCUGGGAACGUCCACCAAAUCUAUGGCCUAGAAUCAGUUAUGCGGGGUCUGAUCUUUGUAUUGUUAAGAGGGUCACAAGUAUACAUCACAGAACUUAACUUGUAUCUGUAAUACUCAUAUGACUCUCUACUAACUUUCCGUAUGCAACAAUCGAUAUCAGGUUGCUCAUUCGUGGGUGACCUGUUUUCUUUUUGAGAUCUCCUAGGAUUUGGUGAUUUGGUGGUACCACUGGGUCGGGUACGAACGACUCCAACUGGGUAGAAAUCGACUGAGUGCGAAACGUACACGAAAAUGACAACCUAGAGAACAGUCUUGAAGAUCCUCUAUGCAUGCUUAUAUGAGACCAAAAUUAUUGAAAACGUACAUUUCGAGGUUAUCAUGUUUUUGAUUUGACAUGUUAAGACCCGUUGCAUUCAUAUUAUUUGUUGAAAUGAUUAAAUUGACAUAUCUACGUGCUUUAGUUAGUUAAAAAUAAGUAUUUCACAUUUAUCGGAGACAAAGUUUAAGAGAAGCAUGAUUUUGAACAGGUUUACCUGAGAAACCAACCAUCACAAAUACAGAAACAGAAGUUGACGAGGACUUCAUUAUUACCUGGUCAGAAGCUGAGACCAACAGCAGUAAUUGCAGC